AUGGCGACUCUCACGGACUUCUCCUAUUGGUAUCGCUGGUUCAAGAACUACAAUGUGGUCCGCAACCUCUCAGAGAAGUAUGUGUUCAUCACUGGCUGCGACUCGGGCUUCGGGAACCUGCUGGCUCGGCAGCUGGUGGAUCGGGGCAUGCGGGUGUUGGCUGCCUGCCUCACUGAGGAGGGGGCACAGAAGCUUCAGCAGGAGACCUCCUACCGGCUGCAGACCACCCUCCUGGAUGUCACCAAGAGCGAGAGCAUCAAGGCUGCGGCCCAGUGGGUGCGGGACCAAGUAGGCGAGCAAGGCCUCUGGGCCCUGGUGAACAACGCUGGUGUGGGCCUGCCCAGUGGACCCAACGAGUGGUUGACCAAGGAGGAUUUUGUGAAGGUGAUCAAUGUGAACCUGGUGGGACUGAUCGAUGUGACCCUCCACAUGCUGCCCAUGGUCAAGAAAGCCCGGGGCAGGGUCAUCAACAUGUCCAGCUGUGGGGGUCGUGUGGCCGUUAUUGGUGGUGGCUACUGCGUCUCCAAGUUUGGCGUCGAGGCCUUCUCCGACAGCAUCAGGCGUGAGCUCCAUUAUUUUGGGGUGAAGGUCAGCAUCAUUGAGCCAGGAAACUAUCGAACGUCCAUUCUGGGCAAGGAAGGCAUGGGGUCGCGCAUGCGUAAGCUGUGGGAGCGGCUGCCUCAGGAAACCCGGGACAGUUACGGAGAAGAGUACUUCCGCAUCUAUACUGACAAGUUAAAACACACGAUGCAGUUGGCAGAGCCAAGGAUCAAUGAGGUCACCAGCAGCAUGGAGCAUGCCAUUGUUUCCCGGAGUCCCCGCAUCCGCUACAACCCUGGGCUGGAUGCCAAACUCCUCUAUAUCCCCCUGGCUAAAUUUCCCACCCCUCUGACAGAUUUCUUCCUGAAACGGUACCUUCCAAGACCAGCAGACUGUGUCUGAGCCAGGGAGGCUCAAGGGAUGGUCAACAGAGUGUAGAGGAGGGGGGUGGGAGAAGGGUCUGUGGGGGUCACAAGAAGUGGAAUCAGAUAUCCUGGGGAGUGCUGGCUGCAAAGAUGCUUUG